ACCCCUGACAUCGUCAUUGUUGUUUUUCGUUUCUUCAGUUCAAUAAUCGCGAUCAGAAUAAAAUCGGGAAACUUCUGAAAACCCGUUAUUUAAUUCGUAAAAAUAAAUGUUGUUGAUUUGGUGAUCGUCGCGACAUUUCAAAAAUAGUAUUGUAAAGCGGAAUUAUUAUCGACAUUACUGCAAGAAGGCUAAAUCAAAAACGGCUAGGAUUUAUUAUAGUUGCGUAGAAAACAAGAAGACGGCGUGAAUAGCACAGCUAAAUUCUAUUUGUAACUCUGGACGCGGAACAAGGAUAGCACUCGUGUGAUCUUGAAAAGCUCAUUAAAGUUUGAGAUUAUUUCCAUGUUUCCUUGAUCCAUUUGGAGUGGAGUGAAACAAUAAUACUUUGAAAUUAUUGGGAUUGUGCCGGCCAGCAGGAUAUCGUUUCUUGUAACCCGCAAUCACCCUUCUUCAAGGGGUCUUCAGUGGUUUUAUGGGCAAUAUUGUCCUCAGGAGUCGUGCCCUAGCGAACAUGAGCGACGUCGAAUUCGAGGAAGAUGUUGAUAUUAUCGAGGAGGAGGAUCUGUUCGAUGACCCGCUGGAAGGGGAGGAAACAACACAUGAAAAUCAUCUGGUUUCCAUUUUACGACAACUAAUCAGCAGUGGCGAGAUACAAAUUCUCAAUAAUGAUCAUUUCCCCUCGAUGGCUCUACCCGUAAUCAAAAAGCGACCGAACUUGGAUCAAUUAAAGAAAAGUGCGAUUUAUCAAAGCAUCAAACAAGCAUCCGGAUAUGGAGCAGACGCCAGUAGUCCUUCGGAAAAAUUUUCCGUGCUCAAUAUGCUUGCCCAGCGGCAGAGUGGAUUGGGAACCAAAGGUGGCCCAUUUGUGCAGAGUGACAAAUGCAAAAUCAACAACCUCUUUCUGCCGAACCGAACGGAGAAACACGUCUACAACUGCAACUCCAAAGUGUUUUGUGGAACGUUUUCUCGCGACGGUACCCAGUUUAUCACCGCCAGCCAGGACAGCAAAAUUCGAGUGUUCGAUGCAACCACCAGUCGGUAUCCUUUGGUGAACCAGAUCGAAGCGAAAAAUGUUUCUUGGUCCGUGUUGGAUAUCGAUUUCAGUCCCGACGGAGAGCACUUUGUCUACUCGACGUGGAACGAUGCUUUGUUCGUCUCUCGCAUGCGCAACAUGGAAUCGGAUGAUAUAAACUGUCUGUUUCUUCGGCCACUUUGCCCAAAAUUCGGUGUAUUCACUGUUGCAUACUCUAACUGCGGUAAGCAAAUCCUGGCAGGAGCAAACGACGGUUGCUUAUAUACAUACGAUUUGGUGGCAAAUCGACGCGUUUUGAUGGUUCCUGUUGCUCAAGAGAAGCAUCAUGUGAAUGCUGUUGGAUUUCUGGAUGAAACGUCGAACAUCUUCUUCAGUGGAACCGAUAAUGGACUGAUAAGAGUUUGGGAUCAACGCUGCUUAAACGAAGCAAACCCAGAAUCCGUCGGGGCGCUAAUUGGACACUUUGAUGGCAUCACUUAUAUUGACUCGCGUAAUGAUGGACGCUACAUCAUUUCUAACUCUAAAGACCAAAGCAUCAAACUAUGGGAUCUGCGAGUGUUUUCUCCUGCUGAUGCUGAGUCAAGAAUCAAAGACCAAGUUAGUUAUGGCCACUGGGACUACCGAUGGGACGAUGUUCCCAAAAAAUUCUAUAACCCAACAAAGUCGAUCGACGGCGACACUAGCGUGAUGACCUACAGAGGACAUAGAGUACAAAAGAGUCUGAUCAGAGCCAAAUUUUCUCCGGCUGCGACCACUGGACAGCGUUACAUUUAUACAGGCUGCGGCACAGGUCGUCUUAUAAUUUAUGACGCUCUUACCGGGAAAAUUGUACAAGCAAUCGAAAGUCACAGAGAUACAGUUCGUGAUGUCGCUUGGCAUCCGCAUAGGCCAGAAGUACUAACCUGUUCGUGGGACUUCCAUGUAAACCUCCAGACCUACCAAUGCGCGGACAAUGCAAAAAAGAAGACUUGUCCAUAUGCGUCCAGAACCCGUCGAAUGGUGGACAGUGACGAUGAAAGUGAAAUCAACAGCCCGCCGUUGCGUCGUUCACGCAGAAUAGCCGAACGGGGAAGGGCACAAGCCAAUUACGAGUAGAGUGCAUCCGGUAGGAAACAGCAAUACUAUCUCAAACAACAAUCAUUUGUAGUCAUGUGGAAUUAAGUUGCUCAGUGGUGAAAAAAUACCGCUUUGAAAUAAGCCAAUUUUUCUUGCGAUCGACUCGAUAGUUGAACCAAUAUCUAUGAUUUUAUUCUUGAAUAUGGAGGAGUCAUCCAGUUUCGGCUUAAUAAAGACAUGUGUGAUUCUAAGCGGUACCUACACAUGCAUGGUUUUAUUGCUGGGUAUAAGAAUUGUAUAAAUAUUAGGUACGUAAUACUGAUAUGUUAUUGCCUUCAAUUAUGGACUGUCCGAGUUUAAAUUUGAUUAUGUAAGACUCGCUCUAAAGCUUUCUUCAAAUAACUUUUUGACCUGCUCUUUUGGAAUUACAUAAAUUAUACCCCUACCGUUUAUAGGUUAACUAACAUUGAUAUGUAAAUGAAAUUACGUUACAUAAAUGAUAAGGACAUGGAAGAGAA